AUGUCUUCCAAUUCCAAUUAUCCAGCAAGAAAUAGAUCGUUAUCAAUAUCAAGCGAUACAAGUGAAACUUCAGUCUGGGAAAAAUAUGAACUAGAUCAACAAAUUGAAAGCCGAUGUAACUAUUUUGAAGAUGACGAAAAAUAUUUUUCAAAUCCAAAUGAGAACGAUACUGAAGAAGACAAUGAGGAGAAUGGACAAUUCUAUUCUUCAACAGGCAUGGGUCAUCGUUCGGCGAGUUUGUCCAACUUGACAAGUAUGCAAUCAAACCGUUUUAGAGGAGAUGAACCGAUAGAUGAUCAUCAACCUAAUUUAUCUUUUGUGCUGGUUGAUCAACGCACGGUCAGAAUCAUUGUUUAUGAGCAAAAGAACGACAUGAACUAUGUUGAAGAAUGGUUAAGAUUGACAAAAUCGUCUGAAUCUGUCUUUUCAUCAUGGCACUUUGGAUUGAGCUACAUUUUGAGACAGUUUGAACAAGCGUGCAGUAUCGAUCUUGCCUUUUCUGAGCCCACUCCUCCAGUUUGGUUAAUGUUUGAGAAUCCACUCAAAUUUAAGGAUUCCAAUUUACAACUGCGAGAAAUAUCACUGCGACAAACAUCUGUUUCGAAAAACAAACCGAAUGGCAAAUUGCUAUUCAAAACGUGGCCAGUUUCAGUUGAACUCAACUACGGAGCUUUGCUAUCGACGGAUCAUUUCCAUUCAGCAAUUCAAUUUACGACAAAAAAACAUGACAGAUCACAAUGGUUUUUGGCAUUUUAUGACAGGAAAAUUAAUAUUGAAAUAACCGAUCAAAAUUUAAAAAUAAGCAAGAUAAAAAAGUGUAUUUUAGAAGAGAAUAUCGAUCAUACGGCUAUAUUUCAUAUGACAAAGACAGGAUUUGCUCUUUAUAUUUGUCAAAAAUGUAAUCUUAGUGAAUAUGAAACUCAAAAGCCACAAGGUAAGAGAGAGCUAACGUACGAGGGAAGGUCCCCAACUGUCCAAUCGCUUUUGAGCUGAACCUAAGUGGACAAUAGGUAAUUGAGGGUGCUGAAUCCGAAUAUCACAAUCGUUUGGGCUAACGUUGGGUUUUUGAACCAGUUUCUCAUAAGCCCUAGAAGAUAACCAAAACCUUUCUUAAUAAGGCCUGAUUGUAGCCCGCAGAUUUCUGAUUAAAAUGAUACCUUUACCAGCUCUAUAUGAGUUUUCUUUGCAAAGUUAUAGAAUUUACAUGAGCUCUAAAUCUUGCCCAAAGCUACAGAAAUAAAGAAAAAAUUAAUUUGAAGCUUUUCUUGUAAAUUCUAUUACUUUGCAAAGAAAAGUCAUGUAGAGCUGGUAAAGGUAUCAUUUUAAUCAGAAAU